UAAUUCUUCCACGUGUUGGUGCUGUGGGUGUGAUCUUCAAGUUAGGACAUGCAAUGUUUAACACUGAAUGGAUGUGUCACCUUUAUAACUCCUGGUUUAUUGGAGCGUAUCAACCAAACGGUCGCGUGGCUUUUCUGAAUGCUGUUAUAAAAUAAUGUUGAGCAAAAAUGUAUGCGUUUCGAAGCGAAACUAAAGAUACGCGUUUAUGCUGAAUUGCAACUGGACAAAUAUAGGACUUUCGAUUGUCGCUUUUUAUUACAAGCCCAUUUCAUGUGCAAUAUGGAGACUUGCGAGGUCGCCGUCGAGCAAAACCAAAACGAUACGAUCAAGACAUAUUCAUGUUUCCAAAUGACGUUUUUAUCCAUGACAGUGGACGAUGUGUAUGAAAUCGCUAAAGUCGUGGGAUCAGAAGUGGAGAAACUCAUCGACAGCUACGGAAAGGCGAGUGUGGAGGGUUUGGUGUCUCACAUAGUGAAAGUGUUGGAGCUCUUGGAGAGUUUCGCUGCGAGAAAUCAAGCUCAAACCUGUAAAGAAGAGGAACUAUUGAAGGCCUUUGAGACGCUACAGGUACAACAGCAGAAGAAACGACAUGUGAAGGACUUCGAUGAGACAAGCGUCAGCGCAGAGAGUCUGGACUGGUAUCAGAAAGAGCAGAAAUUAAAGGAGACUGUAGAUGGGUUGCAGGCUCAGGUGCUUCAACUCAAGGAAGAGAACCAGGAGCUUCUGGACCACCUGCAAUGCACACACUCCAAAGAAGAUCGCACACAGCGUCAGGAAAGAGAGGUGAUGCUCAAGCUGAAGGAAGUGGUGGAUAAGCAGCGCGAUGAGUUACGUGCGAAAGUUCAGGAGAUUUCUACCAUGUCCAAAGAAGUUGAAGCGCUCCAAGAGCAGCAAGACCGGCUGAUGAAAAUAAAUUCAGAGCUCAGGCACAAGCAGAACAUCUUACAGACUCAGCUGAAGAGCGCAGUGGAAAGGAGAACCGACCUGGAGGCUGACCUGUGUGAGAAACAGAAGGAGAUAGUGUGCAUGACCUCACAGCUGGAGAAAGCCAGCAUGCACACUUCUGCUAACAUGACUAGUUCAGCCAUUGACCUCACAGAUAAGAUGAUCAUUGACUUGAAGGAUCCAAAUCGGCCGUGUUUUACCAAGCAGGAAGUACGGGACAUGCUUUUUGAGAGGAAUGAGUUGAAGGCCAAUCUAUUUCUGGUGAAAGAGGAGCUUGCCUAUUACCAAAGGGAAAUCCUGAAUGACGAGAGAUGCCCAGGUUUCUUACUCGAUGCUGUACGCUCAGUGAUAAAGAAACAGAGGACCAUCAUCAAGUCUAAAAUGCUUGGCAUACCUGUUAGUGAAUGUAGCACAGAUGAGACCGAUGGUCCACUGUUUGAAAGGAGUGUAAAUGAAAACAAUGAAACUGACAGCCACGACAACAGGCCCCAAGAAUCCCGCAUCAGAAACCUAUUUGGCUUGCUGACGCUCUCCAGUAUUACUAAGAGCGCUGGUUCCCAGGCUUCCGGAUAUCCCGCAUCCAGCUCCACGUGGGAAAUCAUCAGUCCAGAUGAGAAGACACAAACCCUUCACUCCUCGUGAGAACCAGCCCCCACCUAUCACUCAUUCUCACUCACCAGAGGCUGCUUGUCUUUGUUGGAGAUAGCAUAAAAAAUGAACGUUUUAUUAUGGGGAAAUAUUUGCCCCCUAGAUUUUUUCCCUAGGCAUUUGUGCUGUGAGUCCUGAUUCAUUUUUUGACACUGAUUGGAAAAAAGAAUGGAGAUUUGAAAAUAUGUUUUGGAUCUUACAUUUAGACCUAAUUUAGACCUGGUAUUAAGAUGCGUCUCGGGUGAUCGAUCACAUGUGGUCAGGCGAGACACAUCGCUAUUUACACUUGGUCGCAUAAAUGCGUCUCCUGUGACCACUUGUGUUCGGAUUUGAAGGGGGAGGGUCUCUGAUUUCAUGCAAUAUACAUCAAUCACUAUGCCAGAGUGUUACUGCAUGAUAAUAAAUCCCAGAUGCUUCUGAAAUUUAAUCUAAGCACAAAUGAAACAUUUCAAGUGGAAUUAUAUGUUAUUUUAGUCGAUUUCCUGUAUUAACCUGAUCUUCAAAUGUGUGCUUGUCAUCUGUGUCACUGCAUGUUGAUAUCAGACACACUGAAGAAAAUCCGUAAAGUUCUUGUGAUUGUGUAUGUAUUUGCUUUUUAAAUUUUUCUGAUCAGAUGAUUAUUUCCUUUUAAAGCCACUUGUAAACAGCAAAGUUUAAACUCUUGUUUUAGAUCAGCGGUUGAUUGACAGGUUAGGGUGGCACUUCGCUGCUGUCUGGGUUGCAUUCAGGACAGAUUAGCGUUUACACCUCAAAUGCAAUGUGGUCAUGUGUGUUUUUGACUACAUUCGUAUGUGGUUUUUGUGACCUGAUCACAAAAUGUUUUUGACCCAGUUUACACCUGUAUUUAGCGCUAACCACUUGUGAGCCGAUCACUCGAAAUGCAUCUUAAUAAACCAGGUGUAUCGGGUGUAAACGGGUCUAAGGUUUUAAACUAGGGAAUGGGCUGAAGAAUGUAUUGAAAGAACUUCAUUUCUCAGUUUGUAAUGGUUGUUUCCUGUGCAGUCAUUUUUACACACUUAAAAAAAUCAGUUAGCACUAGGUUUUUGUUGAGUUAAUAUUGGACCGUAAGUCACAUAGUACAUGUUACUUUUUAUAUAUGGGGAAGUGUGCAUUUUGUUGUGUUAAAUAUUUUCUACUAUACCAGUUUAAUUUGCAGCGUCAACUAUAUGUAAGCCUUUUGUAUGUUGCCUGCCCCAAAGAGUGGCUUUUGUUUGUGUUCAAAACAUUGCUCUGUUUUUUUGAGCAGUCAUUACAACUUCUAUCUGUAAUAAGCUGUUUAGUGGGGAAUUGACUACUUUUCUAAAUAACGGGAAAAAAGGGAAAGGUGGUAGGAUUCUUUGGAAAACCUAUCUGGAAACUGUCCUUAUUUUUGCCAUUUUGAUUCAUGCAACCGGUGGCACUUAAAUGACAUACAAUGACAUAAAUGAUCUGUGGUGUUCUGAUAAUCAUAAUGCACCUGGCAAUAGUACAUUAUAGACCACAAAUGUCUAGAUACACUUGUUUAUAAUUUGCUCUUAAGCUACAGAGAAUUUAAGCUGUUAUUUUUUUAUAGAGAUUAUAUUUAAUGUGGAUAUUAUCCAAAGAUACUGAUAUGCAUUUCCAUCAUAAAAGCGAUAAUCACAGUGACCCUUUUAUGUCACAAGGGGGCAUUUGAGUAUUUUGUAUUAGUAUUCCUCCAAUACUUUUUUCUUAUGAAACAUUAGCUGUCCCUACAUAAGAGUCAACAUUAUAUCUUUGUAAGUUUUUUUAACCAUGUGUGAUUUUAAUUAUUUAGUAGGUCACUAAAUGAUUUGUAUCAAACAUUUAAUUAUAUUAACAAAGUUAGUGCUGAGGAGCACUGUUUCCAUUUGUUCAUGCAAACUCAUGCUGACCUGAUUUUAAAAAGCAAUAGAUACUUUGGAAUAUGAAUGCAAUGUUUUAAGAGUAAAUCAAGUUUUUAUUGUCUGCUCUAUCUGUUUAAUGAGCCAGCACUUUGCCAUCCUCAGCCAAUUGUCUGGUUGUUAGCUAUGGUGUCAGUGCACUUACUGUAACUGUAAACUAAAUGUUCUGAUUUUAGUUGUCCAGAGAGUUGCAUUUACUCUGUCUAUAUGAUUUAGGUCCACUUGGAGUACAUGUAUGACUCUUUAGGUGUUCCCUGAUAGAAAGGAAGUCUGUGUUUCCUCCAGAGGAAAUUAGUGAUAAUUGGUGCCCGUAUGUUUUUAAGUCAGUGAAAAGUAAUUUCAUACUUCUUUUCUGUCUGUGACUCAUCCAUAUUGUAAAUCUUUGUACCUUUGGAACCUGCCCUGCAUAGCUGAAUUAAAAGUGAAUAACUGGCGUAUUUAAUGCAUUUUAUUUUUGUAAGAACAUUUGUAACCAACAAGUGCUUUAAGACUAAAUAAAUCCUUGAGUUG